UCAAAGGUGUAUAUUAGCAACCGAGAAGCAUUACCAAUCCGUGACACACCUUGUAAACUCUUGCAGAUUGAUGAUGAGGGUUUAGCAUCAGAUAUGAAGGAUUAUCUUCAAAGCUAUGACAAAUAUGUUUGUGCCCAGGACAUUGUUAAUUAUUCUAAUGUUGCAGAGAAUCAGGCUUUACAUGGCUUCAAGAAAGGAAUCUCACUCACAACAGCUCAGUGGUGGAUGAAGAAAUUUGGGUACCACUGGACAAAGGAUCUGAAAGGGCAAUAUGUUGAUGGCCACGAACAUCAAGAUAUUGUUCAUUACUGCCAAAAUAUUUUCCUCCUGGCAUGGAUUUAUUAUCAGCCACAAAUACAGAAGUGGAGGGAGGAUGAUUCAACAUUCUAUGCAAACAACAGAAGGAAGCAGCACUGGGUUCAUGAUUCCGAGGGUGCAGUGCCACAGCCAAAAGGGGAGGGCACUUCCUUGAUGGUGGCAGACUUUAUUUCUGCAGAUUACAGAUUUCUGUGUUCAAAAGAUGGAAGUGAGAGUGCACGGGUACUAUUUAGGGCAGGGAAGGCUUGUAAUGGCUACUUUACAAACCAGGAUAUAACUGCCCAUGUUGCAAAGCCAAUGAGUAUCCUGGAGAAAGAUUAUUCUAAAGAGGAUCAUGUUCUUAUUUUAAACAAUGCAUGCACACACCUGAAGAGAGCAGAUGAUGCCUUGUCUGCUCGUACAAUGCCCAAAUAG